UAGUAGUCUUAGCCAAAGAAAAAAAAUUAAAACAAAUAUAAGAUUUCGUUCGCGAUCAUCAAAACCUUGAGAGAUUCGAUUUCAUACACACACAAUCAUUAGUUUUAUUUGCACCGCAAUCCUUCCUUGGUGUCUGGAUCUUAAGUAGUGUUCUUAUUACAAACACCCUCUUCUCGACAGUUUGGAUAUUUGAUUAUUCUGCACAAUAAACAUGGCGAGGAAGAUGCUUGCUGAUGGAGAGCUUAACAACGCCGCGGCGGAGGAAGCCACCGAGACUCACUAUGAUUUUGAUUUGUUUGUAAUCGGUGCCGGAAGCGGCGGUGUUCGUGCGGCUAGGUUCUCUGCUAAUAAUGGUGCCAAGGUUGGUAUUUGCGAGCUUCCCUUUCACCCUAUUAGUUCCGAGGAGAUUGGAGGUGUUGGUGGCACGUGUGUUAUUCGUGGUUGUGUUCCCAAAAAGAUUCUCGUCUAUGGUGCUACUUAUGGUGGUGAACUUGAGGAUGCUAGAAACUAUGGGUGGGAAAUCAAUGGGAAUGUCGACUUCAAUUGGAAGAAGCUUCUUCAAAAGAAGACUGAUGAGAUAUUAAGACUGAACAACAUUUACAAGCGAUUGUUGGCGAAUGCUGCUGUCAAGUUGUAUGAAGGUGAAGGAAGAAUAGUUGGUCCCAACGAAGUGGAGGUGAGACAAAUCGAUGGCACCAAAAUAAGUUACACCGCCAAGCACAUUUUGAUUGCUACUGGCAGUCGGGCACAAAAGCCCAACAUCCCUGGACAUGAGCUGGCUAUUACAUCUGACGAAGCUUUAAGUUUGGAAGAGUUUCCUAAGCGUGCUAUAGUACUUGGAGGAGGGUACAUUGCUGUGGAGUUUGCAUCAAUCUGGCGUGGAAUGGGCGCGACAGUAGAUUUAUUCUUCAGGAAGGAACUUCCACUAAGGGGCUUUGAUGACGAAAUGAGGGCACUUGUGGCUAGAAAUCUUGAAGGAAGGGGUAUCAAUCUGCAUCCGCAAACAAGUUUGGCUGAGUUGAUAAAAACAGACGAUGGGAUAAAAGUGAUAUCCUCUCAUGGGGAAGAAUUCGUGGCAGAUGUUGUACUAUUUGCUACCGGAAGAGCUCCUAAUACCAAGAGAUUGAAUUUAGAAGCUGUUGGUGUUGAACUUGAUCAGGCUGGAGCUGUAAAGGUUGAUGAGUACUCACGCACUAAUAUACCUAGCAUAUGGGCUGUGGGAGAUGCUACUAACCGAAUUAACCUUACACCUGUUGCGUUAAUGGAGGCCACCUGCUUUGCCAACACUGUCUUUGGUGGAAAGCCUACUAAAGCAGACUACACCAAUGUAGCUUGUGCCGUAUUUUGCAUACCACCACUAGCUGUGGUGGGUCUCAGCGAAGAAGAGGCAGUGGAAAAAGCAACAGGGGAUAUUUUGGUUUUCACCUCAGGCUUUAACCCUAUGAAGAACACCAUUUCUGGACGGCAGGAAAAAUCAUUAAUGAAGCUUAUAGUUGAUGAGACGACUGAUAAGGUUAUUGGAGCAUCCAUGUGCGGUCCAGAUGCAGCUGAGAUCAUGCAGGGAAUAGCAAUUGCGCUCAAGUGUGGAGCAACCAAAGCACAGUUUGACAGCACGGUUGGGAUACAUCCAUCUUCUGCAGAGGAAUUCGUGACAAUGCGCACUGUGACCAGACGCAUUGCCUACAAAGCCAAACCGAAGACGAGUCUAUGAACCGCCAAGAUUUAAAAAGACAUUUUGCAUAAAAUACUUUAGUUUGGUCAGAGGGUCAGAUCGAUACAUUAAUUCUUUAUACUCUUGUCCCAAUAAAUGUUUUGUAUAAGUUUUUGUUUGUUUGUUGAUCGCUACUAAAAUUCAGAAACAUAAUUUAUUCUUCUCUUGUUGCUAGUGAAAUAUCACCAAAUAUGUGCAUUAUCUU